UGCUCAAACGUUAGUGUUCCGGGGUAGGUCAGUGUACACAGUGUAAAAAAAGAUAUCAUUGUGUACUCUCUUACGUGUCUAUUAUACUGAGCGCAGUGAAGGGCGGCAGAGGGGUGUUUUGUGAAGAAAGAGAGGCUCUGAAUACGGCACCGAGAUGAACUUCUUCAGAGGAGUAAUAAGUGGGCAGGCAGCCGGGCCGCAGCCGUCCGGAGCGGAGACGAUCCAGAAGCUGUGCGAUCGAGUUGCCUCCUCCACGCUCCUAGAAGAUCGGAGAGAUGCUGUCCGUGCUCUUAAGUCCCUCUCCAAGAAAUAUCGAAUGGAAGUUGGAACACAGGCAAUGGAUCACUUGAUUAACAUACUACAGACUGACAGAUCUGACUCUGAAAUCCUCGGCUAUGCUUUGGAUACGCUUUACAACGUCAUCUGCAAUGAUGAGGAGGAAGAACAAGAUGAAUCAGAAGAUGAGAACGCACAGAAGCAGGCAGAUGACCUCGGCCUCCAGUUUACAGACACGUUCGUCCAGGAUCCUGAGCACGUAACCCUGCUCCUCACUCUGCUGGAGGAGUUUGACUUUCAUGUACGGUGGCCCGGAGUGAAGCUGCUGACUGCUCUGCUGAAGAACCAGGGUCCACAGAUCCAGGGUAUUAUCCUGGUCAGCCCCAUGGGUGUUUCCAGAUUGAUGGACCUGCUGGCAGACUCCAGAGAAGUAAUUCGCAAUGAUGGCUUGUUGCUACUUCAACAGCUGACUAAAGGCAACGCUGCCAUUCAGAAAAUUGUGGCAUUUGAGAACGCGUUUGAGCGCCUCCUAGAUAUCAUCACAGAAGAAGGCAGCAGCGAUGGAGGUAUUGUGGUAGAGGAUUGUCUGCUUCUUCUCCUCAACCUGCUAAAGAACAACAGCUCCAACCAGAACUUCUUUAAAGAAGGCUCCUACAUCCAGAGAAUGAAGCCCUGGUUCGAGGUUGGUGACGAUAACUCUGGUUGGUCUGCACAGAAGGUCACAAACCUUCAUCUCAUGCUGCAGCUGGUGCGAGUCAUGGUGUCUCCAGUGAACUCUCCUGGAGCUACGGCCAGCUGUCAGAAGUCCAUGUUCCAGUGUGGCCUACUGCAGCAGCUGUGCACCAUCCUCAUGGCCACUGGUGUCCCUGCAGACAUCCUCACUGAGACCAUCAACACAGUUUCAGAGGUCAUCAGAGGCUCUCAGGUCAACCAGGACUAUUUUGCUUCUGUCAACGCUCCGUCAAACCCACCAAGACCAGCCAUUGUGGUGUUGCUCAUGUCCAUGGUGAACGAGAGACAACCAUUUGUGCUUCGCUGUGCGGUCCUUUACUGUUUUCAGUGUUUCCUCUAUAAAAACCAGAAAGGCCAGGGGGAGAUAGUUGCUACACUGCUGCCCUCCACCAUUGAUGCCAAUUCCAUCUCUGCAGGACAGCUGCUGUGUGGAGGCCUGUUCUCAGCAGACUCUCUUUCAAACUGGUGUGCUGCUGUGGCCUUAGCUCAUGCCCUGCAGGACAACCUCACCCAGAAAGAGCAGCUGCUGAGGGUUCAGCUUGCCACCAGCCUGGGCAAGCCCCCCGUGUCUCUGCUGCAGCAGUGCACCAACAUCCUGUCCCAGGGUGAUAAGAUCGUCCGGCGGGGCAGUAAAGUGCAGACCAGGGUGGGCCUCCUCAUGCUGCUGUGUACAUGGAUCAGCAACUGUCCGAUUGCCGUUACACACUUUCUGCACAAUCAAGAAAAUGUUCCUUUUCUGACCGCUCAGAUCUCAGAGAACCUGGGGGAGGACGAGAGGCUGGUGCAGGGCCUGUGUGCCCUGCUUCUCGGCAUCUGCAUCUAUUAUAACGACAACUCGCUGGAAAACUAUACCAAAGAGAAGCUAAAGCAGCUCAUCGAGAAGCGGAUCGGAAAGGAAAACUUUGUAGAGAAGCUGUGCUUCAUCACCAAACAUGAACUGUAUUCGCGGGCGGCUCAGAAGCCGCAGCCCGUCUUCCCGUCUCCAGAGCAGAUGUUGUUCGAUCAUGAGUUUACCAAGCUGGUCAAAGAACUGGAAGGAGUGAUAACCAAAGCAGUUCACAAGUCUAGCGAGGAGGAGAAGAAGGAAGAGGAGGUGAAGAAGACAUUAGAGCAGCACGACAACAUUGUGACUCAGUAUAAAGAGCUGAUCAGAGAGCAGGACGCUCAGCUUCAGGAGCUGAAGGAGCAGGUGACAUCCAUGACCUCCCAGAAUGAACAGCUGCAGGCUACAAUCACCCAGCAGCAGUCGCAGAUCCAGCAGCACAAAGACCAGUACAACAUCCUCAAGCUGAAAUUAGCUAAAGAGAACCAGGGUCAGUCCAACAGCCAGGGAGACGGCUCUCAGGUGAACGGGCUGCAGACAGAAGAGCUGACCCAGCUCAGAGAGGAGGUGGAGGAGCUCCGCAAACAGCACUCGCUACUUCAAACACAACUUGGUGACAAAGAUGCUCUCAUCAGCAGCCUGAAAUCAGGAGCUGCACAGACAGCAGAGGGUCCAGCAGGAGGAUCAGACAACACAGAGCUGCUCCAGGAACUGGAGGCUUUAAGAAGUCAAGUUCAGUCCCAGUCAACAGAAAUCGGCCAGCUGAAGAUGGAGAGACAAGACCUGCUCAGAAGAGCUGAAGUCGGGUCCUCUGACACACUCCCCUCUAGUGACAGCUCAUUAGAUGCUGCAAAGAUGGCUGAACUGGAGAGUAGGCUGGGAGCGCAGACGUCUGAGAUGGAGAGACUAAAGGCAGAGGUAAAGAACCUGUCAGAGAGCCGGGCGGAGCUGGAAAAGCGGCUGGAUUCAACUACGAGCACGGUAGCCAUCCUGCAGACGGAGAAGGAAAAGCUGCAAACUGACGUCCAGGAGUCCAAGAAGGAGCAGGAUGACCUGCUGAUGUUGCUGGCAGACCAAGACCAGAAGAUCACCAGCCUGAAGAAGAGACUCAAAGAGCUGGGAGAGACGGUAGAAAAGCUAUUAGCAUUUUCUAAAAUCACCAGUAUAAAAUGUAUAGUUUUCAUUUUUACUGCCAAUCUGCCUCGUUUAUCCAAACAUAAGGAAGAAAUUAGGUCAGCCCAGUAAAAUUCAACAGUAGAAAUGAUGAAAUAUCUAAUAGCCUCACAUUUAAAUAAUAUGAAUACUUUUGUUAAUUUUAGGAAUAUUUUGUUAACGGGACACCCAGCAGAUUUUGGGACUGAUUACUUCCCUGUAUUAGUAUUGUCAUACAGGAAAAUGUGUGUCACAGAGAAAAUGAACAUCCACAUGAGGUGGAGCUGCUGUUUCAGCCUGUUACCUCUAGUUUUGUUCUCAGGCUAGUAAAACACGCAGCCCCAACAACCUCCAGCAGUAAGGUUGAGAAUUUUCUUUAAAAGUUUUGAGUGAGAGGAAAGAAAGAUGACCAGUAACAUCCAGCAGAGAUCCCAGGUCAGAGUUUGGUUCACCAGGUCCCCUCAGGUAGCCGUAGGCUCUUGGAAGUCUUUAUCCCUACGCCUUCUUAUGCCAAAAGAAAAUUGUCUCAAGCUGAACUGACAAUAAGCCAACUAAUUGCAAAGAGAGGAUCCAGUGAUCUUGAAAUCCUCUGUGGUCCUCAUCCAUCACCUGGUGACGAGACUUUCGCAAGUUUGCACUUUGAUGAAUAUUCUCCAGAGGACGAUCUUAAAACAGAACAAACAUCAGGGUAACACUGCUUGUUUCUAAUAUCCUGUAUCACAGACAUUAAAUUAGCACAGUGUUGUUAUUGAAACUAUGACAUAUCUCAUGAUAUUGAUGUGGCUCUAUGACAGUCGGUGUAAAAUUGAUUUGAUUGCAGUUUUUAAAAUAGCUUAAAUAUGUUUUUCAGUUGUGAGAGUUUUGAUUAGAUAGCCAGUUAUGGAAGAUUUGAAAGUGCUGGAGAAGAAAAAGUUGGAUUAAGUAUAAAAUUUCAAACUGUCCCUUGUUUUUUGUUUUUUUACCCCAGUGUAGUAUGUAUGUAGUCUGAUCUAAACUUUCCCCAGAUUAUUCAGUCUGAUCCAAAUAAAUGAACAGUGAGUUGAUUCUGAUUAGCGAGAAUUCAAAAUAAAAACGACCACACUACUGCCUCAGUCACCCAUGCCGAGACAGCGGUAACUAAAAUGUCUAUUCACCGACUGGUUGGCUAGUGGUUUCUGGCUGUCACCAAGUGAAAAUGGCUGCAAAGAGGGUGCUGCAGUCUUCUU